AUGUCCACCAAAAAUGCACCAAGUUUAAGUUGGUAUCAACGCUUCACUUACACGGUGGUAAAUUCAACAGAAUAUGUGUUUUAUUGUUUAGGACACAAAGUGGGCAGCCAUCCUAAAAAAACAAUCGCAAUAUGUUGGUUUUUUGUAUUUUUGAGCGCAUUGGGUUUUUUAAGAUUUCAUCAAGAAAAAAACCCGAUAAAAUUGUGGGUACCGCCCAAUUCUCAAUUUGUUGAGGAUACUGAUUGGUUAAUGCAGAAGUUUGAAUUAGGUUACCGCCCCCAAGUUGUACAAAUCGUGGCGGAUGAUGUUCUACAGCCAGGCGUAUUCUCAAAACUUUUAGAACUUGAAAAAAAAAUCACGAACAUCAAAACUUCGAAAAAUGUUAGUUGGAGCGAUGUUUGUUUUAAGAUCCCAAAAGUGGAUAAGGGAUUAAUUCGUAUGCUGGAGGGAAACGACAUAUCCAAAAAGGCUCAAAAAGAUCCAAGUGUUACAAUGAAUGCUGCGCUUUAUUGUAGUUUUGUGGAAGUGAUGAAAAACGAAUGUUUUGAAAAGAACAUUUUGGAAUUGUGGGACUAUAACGAGGACAGAAUAAAACAUUUAACCAAGGAGAAUAUUAUAAACACCAUUAAUACUUACGAUAAAACUGCCAUUCUGGGACGUUUUAAAAACUACGAAGAAUUGAUUGGAGGAAUAAAACGUAACACCAGCGGACAUAUUAUUGCUGCAAAAUCUUUACAAGUAUUUUGGAUGGUUAAGGUCAACUUUACUGAAGUAGACUUGGAUAAGACAGGAAAUUACGCCGGCACGGCCGAUUGGGCAUCUCAAGAUGCGCUUGAAUGGGAGGCAGAAUUUUUAAAUAUCAUAGAACUAUUUGAAUUCGAUAGCGACAUAAAAAAGUAUUACACAGCUUCCAGAAGUUUUGGUGAUAUAACUAACGCAACUAUGUUUCAAGAUAUUGAUGUUCUCUGCAUAGGUAUCGUCAUAGCUGGAGUAUAUGUAUUGUUUGUAAUAUCUAAAUUUAACUGGUUGGAAGUUAGGCUAUUGUUGGGUGCCAUUGGAUUAAUGAAUGUGGGAAUGGCAUUUAUAGUUGGCUGUGGAAUAUGUUCCUUGUUUGGAGUGUCUUAUGGACCCGUGCACACAUCUUUGCCUUUUUUGUUGCUCGGAUUAGGUAUUGACGACAUGUUCGUCAUCAUGGCUUGUUGGGAAGACUUAAGUAAAGAACAGAAACAAUUGCCUGUGCCAGAGAAAAUGGGUCUCAUGCUUAAACACGCAGGAGUGUCCAUAACGAUUACCUCAUUUACUGAUAUUCUUGCCUUCAUUGUGGGUUCUUCAACUAUUCUACCGAGCUUAGAAUCGUACUGUAUAUAUGCAGCUGUUGCAGUACUUAUGACUUUUUUCUUCGCUGUAACAUUUUUUACAGCAUGCUUUGUGCUCGAUCAGAAGAGAGUCGAACAAAAACGUAACGGAUUUCUUUUCUGUUAUAAGCAUGAUAAUUACAAACCAAAUGAAUGUAGUCAAGCUCAACUUUCGAACAAGGUUUUUGAAUACGUAUAUAAUAACAUCAUACUAACAACUCCAGGAAAAAUUCUUGUCAUUGUCGUCGCUGUGGUAUGCCUAGGAUUCAGUAUUGAAAGUGCUAGAAAAUUAGAACAGAGAUUUGAUCCUACAUGGUUUUUGCCGCAGUCUUCCUAUUUGUUAGAAUAUAUACAAGCACGCAAAACAUAUUUUCCAACUAGCGGCUUCGAAGCUGGUAUUUACAUGGGGGCUGUAAAUUAUAGUUCCGAAUUGGGGAAUAUAAAAAAUAUGGUGGAUAAUUUGUUUAAUGAAGAUCAAAUUGCUUUAGGAAUCGUCUCGUGGGUAGAACCCUUCAGACAAUUCGUAAAAAUUAAUUUUGGAAUGGAUAUAUAUUAUGAAGUUCUAAGCGAGGAAUAUUUUAAUUUGUAUCUGUCAAUGUUCCUGUUCAGCUCUCGAAACGCAAUAUACCAGGCAAAUUUUCGUUUUUUACAACCUCUGGAAUGUGGAGUCCCAGCACCUAAAAUCGUCAUGUCGAGUAUAGAUUUUCACUUAAACCAAUUUGAAGGUCCUGAAGAGUAUCUUCCUGCCAUGCAUCGACUGCAAGAUAUCGCCAAGGCCACGAACUUCACAACUGGAGACCAAUUUGCAACGGCUUGGUCUAAAGUUUUCGCUCCGUGGAUCACAGACGAACUUAUCGAAGUUGAAGUUAUGAGAAAUCUCCAACUGGCCUUAUUGUGCGUGAUGGCGUGUACAGCUUUGCUAAUAGCUGAUAUACAAAUAUGUUUUUGGAUAUUUAUCUGUGUGUUGUUAACAAUGGUCAAUGUGUGCGGCUUUAUGCAACGUUGGGGACUUACGAUCGACUUAGUAUCGUGUAUCGGUUUAGAAUUAGCGAUUGGUUUAUGUGUCGAUUAUGCCACUCAUGUGGGUCAUACAUUUUUGACCAUCAAAGAAGGCUCUAGAAAACAUAGAUCUUUAAAAACUGUUGGUAGUAUUGGUUCGGCUGUCGUUUACGGCGGAUUUUCGACUCUCAUCGGCGUGUUUAUGUUAAGUCAGUCCGAAGCUUACAUUUUUCAGUCGUUUUUUAAGAUAUUUCUGUUGGUGAUAUUAUUUGGUUUGUUCCAUGGUGUAGUUCUACUUCCUGUGAUUCUCAGUUUGAUAGGGCCAAAGCCUUACAACAUAGGUGAUAUAGUGCAACAAGGUGAUAUAGAAAUAACAUGAGCAAGUAUAAUAGUAUAUUGUCAAGGAGAGGUAAUAAAGAAGAAACAUUCA